AUGCUUUCUCUGCAGCGCCAGGCUUUGCGGACCCCUCCGGCUGCCCGUUCUUUCCUCUCAGCACAUACAUCCCCAAUCACUCUACACAGCACACAGAGAUGGCUUGCAACAAGAGCUGAAAAGUCUGACGCAAUCCCCUCGUCUGGUGAGCAAAAGGAGCGAGUCGUCAUUCUCGGAUCGGGCUGGGGUGGAUAUACGCUCUCGCGCAGGCUCUCCCCAAAGACCUUUGCACCUCUCAUCAUCUCGCCUCGCUCAUACUUCGUCUUUACCCCCCUCCUCACCGAUGCGGCCAGCGGAUCCCUCGAUUUCUCGAACAUUGUCGAACCCGUGCGUGAUCCGCGCGCCAAGGUCGACUUCAUCCAGGCAGCCGCGCGGGCCGUCGAUCUCAAAAAGAAAACAAUUCUGUGUGAAGCGACUGUCGUGAAGAGUGGAGUUACCGAGUCACCUCGAACAGAAGACAGAGAGACCGAAGAAGGCCCGGAAACCACAAACAAGAGACCAAUGCGAGACCAGCGGUUAUGGGAGCAAGGAGAGAUAUUCGAGAUUCCUUAUGACAAGCUGGUUAUCGCGGUGGGCGCUGUCAGUCGAACCUUUGGAACACCCGGAGUGCGAGAGAAUGCCAUGUUCUUCAAGGAUAUUGGCGAUGCCAAACGGGUGAAGAGGCGCGUACGGGAAUGCUUUGAGCUUGCCGUCCUGCCAACUACCUCGAAGGAGAUGCAGAAACAUUUGCUGAACUUUGCCAUUGUCGGGGCGGGUCCUACUGGCAUUGAGCUUGCGGCGUCAUUGCGCGAUUUCAUAUAUGAUGACAUGAUGGCUCUAUACCCAGCCCUCGAUGCAAUCCCCAAGAUCACCCUGUACGACGUUGCGCCCAAGGUUCUGUCCAUGUUCGAUGAAUCACUUUCUCGUUACGCAAUGGAAACCAUGAAGAGGGAAGGGAUUGACAUCAAGACGUCCCAUCACGUUAAGAGCUUGCGAUGGGGUCCGCCUGGAGCUACGUCGACUCACGAAAUGGACCCCAAACGCUGCCUGACACUCGAGACCGAAGAAGAAGGCCAAGUGGGUGUUGGAAUGUGCGUUUGGGUAACAGGCAAUGCCAUGCCCACAUUUAUCACCAAGUCACUCGACGCUGUCGAUUUCCCAGCAGACUCGGUACAAUCUAUUGACGGCUCAGCCGUUUCCGCCAAUGCCGAGCAAGAAUCCUGGCAGUUCAAAAAGGGCCCCAGGAAAGGCCCACUGCUGGUAGACGGCCAUCUUCGUGUCCAGCUACAGAAUGAAGCCGGUCAGACGGCAGUCCUUCGAGAUGUUUUCGCUCUUGGUGACAAUGCUAUGCCAGAGACCGGCGCACCUCCCGCGACAGCACAGGCCACCUUCCAAGAAGCCAAGUGGCUAGCUUCUCACCUGAACAAGAGUGAUUUGGAUCAGACUCCCUCUUUCUCCUUCCGUAACAUGGGCACAAUGGCUUAUAUCGGCAACGAGCGCGCCUUGAUGCAGAUCCCCCAUGAGGACGAUGGAACCACUCGCAAGUAUUUGCCCGAUGGUAUCAAGGGUCGAACUGCUUCGCUCGUUUGGAAGGCAGCCUACAUCACAAUGAGUAUCAGCUGGCGCAACAAGUUCAGGGUUGCAUUCCGUUGGACCCUAAACAAGUUGUUUGGCAGGGAUGUUUCCCGCUUUUGA